UUCUAAUAAUGCGCGCCCACGGCCCAAUACAAUGCUUAUCUUUUACACUUUACUUCAUUUUGUAGUGUGCACUGCCAAUUUGCGAAUUGCGAUGAUCCAUUACUUCUGUUAGUAGUUUUCUAUACAUGCUCCAACUUAGGUUAAAAAUAACCAAAAAAACCCUAUUUUUUCCAUUACUCAAGUCUCUGGUUUACUUUUGCAACUAGUAACAGCAAAAAAAAUAAAAUGGGGUUGAGGCUAAAGUUGCUUGUAAACAAGGAAACGAAGAAAGUGGUAUUUGCAGAAUCAGGGAAGGAAUUUGUGGAUUUUUUAAUGGGUUUAAUGGAGAUUCCACUUGGUUCCAUCCUUAGACUUCUCAAAGAAAAUGGUACAGAUACUAAGAAUAGUAGUGUGUCUUUGGAGAAAUUGUAUGAGAGUAUUCACUUUCUUGAAGAUUCCUAUCUCCAGAAAUCUGAUCUCAAGAAGUCUAUCUUGGACCCUAAAUUUACGUCUGAUGCUAAAAUUAAGCAAGCUCCUGUGCUUAGCAAAAUGAUCCAAGCUCGAGGAAGCAGUUCCUACAGCGCCUACAGCUCGAACCGAGACGAAAUAGAUGGUUAUGUUAAAGGUGCUGCUACUUACAUGGUGAUGGAUGAUCUUACAAUAACACCUUCCUCUACCAUUUCCAGCAUUAAUCUCUUUAACAUAUAUGGCAUAAAAGAUAUGAGCUUCCUGCGGGAGAUGCUUGUUGAGGUUGAUUGUAAAAAGGCCUUAGAGCUGGUGAGAGCUGCGUUUCAGUCUAGCUCGGUCCUCACAGAUGUAUUCAUUAGCAAGGAUGAAAGUAUUGCUGCUACCACUAAAGCUGAAAGUGUACGAGUUUGAUUAUAAUCCCUAAUGAGAUCUGCAUGUAAUCUACCACUCGAGCAGUUUCUGUAGAAUUAUGUGUUUGAUAACUCCUUUGAAAUGGUAGAUAUGUUAGGCUGUUAGGCAUUAAUGAACUCAUUUAUGCUUUUAAUAGCUUAUGUGAUGGAUGGAAUGUUACUAUGGUUUUUCAGAAAAGAAAUUUCUGGCACAGAAGAUAAUGUU